CACCAUCAUCAUCAUAGCUCUCGCCGAUUGUUUACCUUUCAUUUUUCAUUUUACAUUGUUUGUAAUUGUUUUCAAGUGUGUCGUGGAUUUGAUUGUCAUAUGGAAUCGAGAGGAAAAUGUCACGCUUAAAUAAAAACCAAAUCAAAGCGACAAAUCAAACGUCGAUUGUUAGUUAUGAAGACGAUGAUUGUGAGGACAUUGCUUUAAACCAAAGACAUUCGAUGUCGAGUGGAAAACGACGAUCGGAACAGCACGCACCAAGGCCAGAAUAUAGUAGUCAUAUAGAACGUGUCAUAAUGAUGAUGGAUAUAAAAAAAAUUAUAGCCAUCAUGGCUCAUCUCAUCACUAUAAUAAUGACCAUCGAAGCCAUGAUCGAUCCUCUUCAUCGUCAAGAAAUCGUCACCGAUCCUCACGAACAAAUAGAGAUAAUUCAAUUAAUAAAUUAAGAGAAAGAAGUGAAUCUCCAGAUACUAGCCACCACCACCACCGCAACAAACGGGAACUUGAGUCCCGACACAAGCAUGGCGGUAAUUGUCGUAAGUCAAAACGUGAUCGAUCUCCUCAUCACCAUCAUCAUCAGCA